GAAAUAUUUUAUAUUUUGCAUAAGAAUUCGUUUCGGGUGAAUUAUAAAUAAAACAGUGAAGGGUGUAUGGAAAAUGGAUGCUCCUGCUAUUGAUUUCACCCUUCCCCCGGAUAUUCUACGCCUAACAAUUGGAGAGCCCAUGUAUAUCACAGACGAGGAAUUGGCGCCACCGCCACCGCCACCGCCACCACCUCCCAAGAGGAAGAGGCCUACUAAAGCCGAAAAAAUGGAGAGACGUAGACGGGAGGAAAUUAAAUUUAAGCAGUUAGAAAAGCGCGAAGAGCUGAAGCGAGAGCUUGCUAUGUCCAAGAAAAGCGCUAAAAAGGCUCAGCAAGGUUGGGAAGAUAUGUGUAAGGGGAUUAAAAUUAAAGAAUUACGCUCAGAGUUGGAAGAAUGGGAAAUUAAGACAGGUCGGAUAUUAAAACAAAAAGAUGAUAAGAUCGCUUUGCUUAUCGAUGAUAUCAUUGUCACCGAAGAGAUGCACAAACGUAACUAUUCCACCCAAAUACAAGUGAUGGAAUUCUUAUCAGAUGCGAUGCGCGCUUUUCAUGAGACGGCGAAAUUGCUCUACGAAGCACAAGCUUCCGACAUGAUGCACGAGUUCUAUGAUGAAAUUAGGGACAGGGACAAAGUCACAAAUGACAUUAAAGUCAAAUGCGAAAAUGUCAUGCAUGCAAACAAUUUGGUGGUCGAGCAUCAGAUGUUAUCCGACUAUCACAUAUUUUUAGAUAAGCGCGAUGAUCGCGUUAAUACGGAAAUUGAAAAGCGUUACCGUUUGCGCGAAUCAAUUAUAACUAAAAUGAGAUUUUUGCAAAAGCAGUUGACGACCUUCCUUGAGUCAUUGCGGAGCGCCUCACUCGACGUGCACAAAUACGAACGCGUCAGUCAGUUAAUGGAGCGUCAGAAGAAUUUUGUCGUUGAAUCGCAAAAACUAAAUGACGUUGAGGCGCGCAGCUCUCGCAUACAUAUCGAUUUACAGCGUGAUAUACUGCAUGUAGGCGCCGAAGCCCAACGAAAAAUUAAGGAUUUGCGCCUAGAGCACGCCUACUUCGUGCAAAUGCGUAAGAAUAUUGAAAAUGAAAUGAAACAGGACCGUCAAGAGACAUACGAAAAACUUAAAAUCCUGACAUUUCGUUGCUUUCAGACAAAUAAAAAAUAUAAAAAAUUAAAGAAAUAUGGAGAGUUAUUGCUCUCAUUGGCUGCGAACUGCAGAAAAUUGCAAACGGAAUCUGAAAAAGUUGUUCCAUGGGGUGAUUUCGAGGAGGCCAUUGAUGUCAAGGCCGACCAGAUUGCAUUUAAAUUGAAUGUUUUAGAUCUAAAGUCUCAUGUCGAUCUCGAUGAAAAGGAGCUGGAUGCCCAAAUCCAAUUGAUGAGCACUUUUUGGCGACGUCAAGCUCUAGCUGAGGCUCAAAUCGCUUUACUGAAUGAGAAGAAAAUGAAACUCGAGGCAGAUAAUCAAAAGCACAUCAAUAAAAUUAAACGCAUUAACAAAGUCGCCGAUGUCGCCGAGCUGACUAAAACUUUGACUGUCGAUUGCAUUUGGCCAGAACAUAAAGCACCUCCUGCACGUUGCACCCAAUAUACGUUUGUCCGACCACUUUGA